AUGUCAUCGCAAUGGGGCACGCUCGGCGCCGAACAGACGCUGGAGGGCGCCUCCUCGCGUGCCUGGACCCUGCGCUUCGAGCGACGCCUAGCGCCCCGCGAGGGCGCGGCCAUUGUCAACCCGGCCUCCUCCGUCUGGCUCGUGCGCGACCGUGCCUCGGCCCGCCUAUACGCCGCCAAGCGCCAGCAGCUUGCGGCGCUAGACGAGGUCGACGCCUUGGUCGACGAGGCUGCGGCCUGGCGCGCUGCCUGCCUUGCGGAUGACGCCUCGGUCAUCCCCGAGCUUGUCGACGUCUUCGUCGCUAGGACCGCGCCGUUUUCCGUCACUUUUCUUGCCGAGUUUUGCGGAAGGGGCCUGCUGCCGAAGGAUCCGCCCCUGUCGGAGGCCGUGUUGUUGACCAUCGCGGCCGAUUUGGCAGAUGCCGCCGAUAAGCUGCCGGAGCCGCACGGCCACAUCGCUUACGAAAGCUUGCUCGUCGAUGAUAAAGGAUGCAUAAGGCUUGCAGGGUUUGGCGCCCAUCGCUCAGCCAUCUUGAGGGACAACCCGGGGUUGAAUAAGCAAGAUGACGCCUUUGAUAUUGGCGUGUUGCUGUACGAGCUCGUGUUUGGGGGGCCGCCGCCGGAGGACUUGCAAGUACCAGAGAGCCCAAACUAUUCCAGGCGCUUAACGGAUAUCAUUGUCGCUGCACUAGGGCAUGCCCAGCCUGCUGAGCUGAGGGCUAUGGCUAUGUCCGUUGGCGCGGAGCUGAGGGCCCCGAUGCUUGAUGUGGAGAAGAAGAACGAACCUGAGAAGGCCUUGCCGCAGCAUAUUUCAAGGGCGACAGAGAGAAAUGUCGACAGGUUGGUGAGUGGAACUGAUAUUGGCACCGCGUUCUCGACAUUGCUUGAGGAUCUAAAUGCAGAGCCGGAGGCGGUCGCAUCGGCCGUUUUUAAGCAUCUAUUUACGAAGCCAGUCAGCAAAGAUCCUUUGUGUGCGAUGAGGGUGCUCACGAUGUUGCAUAACCUCAUGUUGGAUGGUCCGGACACCAUGUUAGCGGCAGUGCGCAAGAACGACAAGUUUUUGGACUGGACCGAAUCUUCUUGGACUAGGGAGGCCAUAGAAGCGUCUGAUAGCCCAGAUGAUGCGCACCCUGCUACCUUUUACUUCGCCGGUGGAGAACUGGCGUUUUAUGCGGCGACACUGAGGAGAAAGGCUCGCUUUCAUAUGCUUGCGGCCGGUGCGUUUUCUGGUAGAUGGGAUCGCACUGGGAAACUUGGCAAUGAUGGCCGGGACGUGCUCGUAACCCGAAGACGGAAAGUCAUCGGAGGAAUGGCCGACGUCAUGGAAAUGGCAUCAGAGAUUGGCUGCAGGCUCGCUGCUGCGAAAGACGCUGAGGCUGCUGUGAAGCAAGCUGCUCUUGGUGCGCUGGUCAGCGAAUGUUCUCUAGCGGCAAUUGCGGGAGUCAGCCUAGCGUUUGAGGUCGAGACUAUUCGUGACGCAGAAAAGGUUGCACCUGGUGUCGGCCGUUUGCAUCACGCUGCUAGAGCUCUCGUGUUUGCUGUCGAGCAAGUUCCGUCCGCUGGUGGCGAGCAAUGGGUGGAGCAGUUUGCAAGUGAGGAACCACCAGACGUCGUUGCGAAUGCGGCGGCCAAAGAGAAUCAAGCAGCUGGAUUGGACGAGACAGCAGACAUCCCUUUGGACGGCUGGGCCGAAACGGAAAAAAUUGUAAACGAAGAGAAGGCGAAGAAGAAAGAGAUGAAAGAGCGGAAGAAGAAGAAAAAAGAAAAAGCAGCUGCGAAAGCAAAGGAAGAGGCAGAGGAGCGCAAGAGGCAAGAAGAUAUUACCGCGGCGGAUGGAGCACUCGUUGUUCAUGGCGCCGAAGACGCAGCUACGAAGGCCGUAACAACUAUGUUUGGCGAUCUACUUGCCAUUGACCAAGCAUCCAACACAGUCCCCGUCUCGCAACCGGAGCCGCGACCCGUUCCAAACAUGUCCAAUGCUCAGGCACUUGCUUCUGCUUUUGGCGUUCCAGAAGAGUCUGUUGGUGGUCAGCAUCUUCCUCUUCCUCCCCCUGAGGGUUACGGAGACGAUGAUGACGAAGGUGGAGGCUACGACGACUACCGCGCGCGACAGGAGGAGAAUAGUGCACGGCAGAAUGAAACUAGGCAAUCGUCGAGUACGGCAGCUUGGGCUGCUCGCUCAGCACGAUCAGGGCACUCUAGCGGUGCCCUUGUUGUGAGCGACGGGCCACGGAAAAAGUCGCAUCCCGCUUUUUGUCAAUGCGCGAUAUGCCAUCAAGAAGAGGCGCAAGCAGCAGCGCUAGAGGCCGCGGCUUCAACUACACGUAGUGACGAUGUGAGCAACUCGUACGAUUAUGGUAAUCGAUACCACAGGAACGCAGAGCAGGAAAAUUACGGCGGAAAUGAUUAUGCGCAAGGAACUAGCGCGACACAGCAGGAGCCAUCUCGUCCGAUGUAUGGCGACGCCGAGAAGGACUCCCUUGACGACGAAGAAGGCGAGCAAUCUUCUUCUGGAUAUGAAAGACGAGGGCAGACGAGAGCACGCCCCGACACCAACCCAUUUUACGAGGAUGAUUAUGAUUCAUACGAGAGCAUCACAUACAGUCUUCCAAAGGAUACUCCUGCAAAACCCGAGCAAGCAAACCCAGUGUAUGCCAUGCCGCCGCCAGGGGCAGCAUUUCAAAUGCCAGAAGCGGAGAUGGAGUCACGUGGGUAUUCUUUGCCGUCCCAUGCUGCCAGAGUACCACCCCCUUCGAUCGUAGGACGGUUUACGGUGAAAAGGGACAUGAUUCUGAAUAUGAAGAAGCUGCGCAUGGGUGAUCGACUUUCAGACAGUGGCACCGUAACAGUUCACAAGGGGGAAUACAAUCGGGAAACGGUUGCUAUCAAGAAACUCACCAAAACCGGUCUACAGUCGGCUAUCGCCAUAGAGGAAUUCACGAACGAGGUGAAGUGGAUGACUCAAUUUUCCAGCCCAGUCUUACUGAAGUGCGUGGCCGCGUCACUGCAAAAACCCAACUACAUCUUCGUCACAGAGCUUAUGAAGCGAGGUACUCUUUUCGAUGUGUUGCACAAAAAUCGCAUCAAGCUGACCUGGGCAAUGAUUAGAAAGAUAGCUUUGCAAUUGGCCGAAGGUAUGAGCCACAUGCAUGAGAAGGGCAUUCUGCAUCGAGACCUUAAGUCUUUAAACAUCUUCGUCGACGGGAGCUACAACGUGAAGAUUGGGGACUUUGGCUUUUCAGCAUACGAGCAGGAGCAGGCGGACGAUGGAAUCGUCGGGACGUUCCAAUAUAUGGCACCAGAAGUGCUUCGUGGAGAGCCCCAUACGACGAAAUCGGAUGUGUUCGCGUUCGCUCAAGUUUUGUGCGAAAUUGUCUCAGGGAUGGCUCCCUUCCAGGGCAUGGAUGCCAGGGGUGUGGCGGAGCGCGUCGUGAGCGAAGAUAUUCGACCUGCAAUCCCGAUGCAUUGCCAACGAGCCUACGUGAACCUGAUUCAAAUGUGCUGGGGCACCGUUCCAUCAACCAGGCCAUCGUUCUCGGAGGUCAUCGAGCUAAUCAAGUCGACAACGAAAUAGAUAUGCGAGCGAAGGUCCUAGUAGCAAAUAGAGAGGAGCAGAUAUGUCUGGCAAUUGGAACUCGAAAAAGACUCGGUGUCAAAGGUGGUCUACUAAAAGUACAGUGCUGCUGCAAUUACCA